AGUGCUUUGGAGGGCCACGAACGUCACCAUUCUUACGGCUGCUCGGAUGUCUUCUGCCUGCCAGCUGGGCUCUCCGGUUCAAAGUAACGCCGCAAAUUGGCGCUUUGGAGGAAGGCUUUGUGGCAACCCUCAGCCAGUGAAGUACAUGGACAGCGGCCACCCGGAGACGCCGAGUCAAACGGCCAGGCCUGAAGGCCAGCGAGCGGCGUCUGGAAGCGCAGCAGCCGAUUAGAAGCGGUAGGAAAAGAGAAGAAGAAGCCCCAAAACUCCAGGCCGGGUCAUAUGAACUUUCCAGAAGAAUGUUAGCAAGAACAACAUAAAUGAGACAGUCAAGAAGGAAUAAUAAAAGAUCAACCUAAAUAAAAGGAAGAAAUAUCAACUCUUUAAGAAGGAUGACAAACGGCAAAUUCUGAAGACUAACGCGGUAGCCACCGUAGGGUAAAGUUGACAGAAGAGGAGAAAGUUAGAGUAAUUUGAGGAAGAUCAGAAAGCUGAGGAGCAGAGGGGGUAUGAAACGCACAGGAAAGACAAAAAUUUGUGCCAAGUGGGGGUCAGUAAUAUGGGAAACGCAGUCUGCCAUAUAGUGGGACACACCUCUUGACAAGCAGCUAAGUAUGUCCACUUGCAGGUUUUACACGAGAACUGGAGAGAGAGAACAGAAGCAAACAUAAGGUGUGCUAAGCUGAAACGCUGCAACAGAGAAUUAGAAAGCUCCCUAGGUGGUCUGAGGAGUCACAGGUAGCCGCUUGAGGGUAGAAACUGAGGCGUCUCUUACAUAAGCAGCUCUUGCAUGUGCACAGGAGGAGGCGUGUUUGAGUUUGAUGAUGGGGGAAGCUAUCUUGGAAGUUGGGAGGGCGGCAAGGCACAUGGAUUUGGCGUGUGCAGGGGCCCAGGGGGUCAGGUCGAAUUUGCUGGCGAGUGGUCACUUGGAUUCGAGACACUGGGGGUUUAUACCGUUAAAAGCAAAAGUGGUCAGACGACAUACUUAGGUUACUGGGCACAAGGAAGGCGACAUGGUCUUGGGGGUGAGAAAAGAGAAGUAUUGAGUCUACCUCCAAGAUGGAGUUACCUUGGGGAGUGGAAUCAGGGUUGGCGCGGUCCACUUGGGGUGAGGGAGACAAUCUCUGGAGCCAAAUACGAGGGCACCUGGAGCCAGACAGGCCAGCAGCAUGGCUGUGGGUGUGAAACCUACAAUGAUGGAGGUACUUAUAGAGGCCAGUGGGAGAAUGGAAAGCGCCAUGGCUAUGGAGUUCGCCAGAGUGCCCCAUACUGCAAAGCAGCACUGCUGUGUUCUCCACGACGCUCCUCCAUGAAUUCACUGAGGAGUGGAGCAGGUGGCGGCCCAGUAUCUGAACCAUUGGACCAUACAUCCCAGACUGUCAAAGUGACGGAGAACAACAUACCUCCAUGCCUUGCAGGAGUACAAUUUAGACUUGACUCUAAGUUGCACACAUUCAGGUGGAUGAAUAACAUUCACAAUGUACCUGGAAAUGCUGACUCUUUACCAACAUGUGGCUUGAGAGCUGGCUUUGUGCUCACACAGCAGCUUGCCAACAUUCCCACAGUUGUCUCUGCACAGGACCAACGUAGAUACUUCUCAGCCAAAGGGAGAUCUUUAUCUGCUGCAGCAGCAAUGUCAAGAAUGAAUAACGUUUCUCACUCAAUGACCAAAUACAACUUCUUGCUUCGUAGAUCUUCGUUACUUAGUGGGCUACGGCUGAGACGUUGUGAAUCCAGAGGCUCACUUUCAAGCAAGCGUACCUCAGUUCGCAGUCAAGAUGUUGGACCAAGUACUGGGAGUUCCCUGGCCACAGGUCUCUCAGAGGCUGAAUCAGAAACACUGUCAGGAAAUUAUCAACACGGAGCCCCCUAUUUUGUUACAGACGGUUCUUUGACAGAGGUUUAUGCUGGGGAGUGGAAAUUGGAUAAACGCACUGGGUAUGGACAGAGUAAACGUUCUGAUGGUCUGAGUUAUGAGGGUGAGUGGCUGGGAAAUCGUCGACAUGGAUAUGGUCGAACUGUAUUUCCUGAUGGUAGCCAUGAAGAGGGAAAGUACAGAACAAAUGAACUUGUGGACUGCAGAAAAUUUCAUAGUCUGAUCCCACUUCUGAGGAACAAGUUGCGUGAAAAAGUGGAGCGAGCUGUAACAGAAGGCAGAAGAGCUGCUUUGAUUGCCAGACAGAAAGAGGAGCUCGCUAUGAUCAGAGCAGCCCAUGCUCGAGUGAAAGCUGAUGAAGCUCUUGCUGCUGUGGAGAAGGCCUUGGAAGCAUCUCAUCUUGCAAGAACGGUAGCCAGUCAGCUAGCACCUCUGCUGAAUGACUCAGAUUGGGAAGAAAAUUCAUACUGUACCACAGUGUUACCAGCAACUGAUCCUCAGUCCAUAGCUACUCCUGAGUCUUCCCAGCUGGGUUCUCCUGCAAGAAACCCAUGUGAAAAUGGAGACACUACACAUUGUACGACAGACUUCUCUGUUGAUGGCAGUGCUUCUCAGCCUCACAGUCAGACAUGGAAUGACAGUGGGACAGCAUGGAAUGAUCAGUGGGAUCAGACACAAGAAGAAAACUCUGUAUUGCGUGAGAGGAUGUGUGACAAUGGAAGGAGGCACCAAGACAGCAGUUAUCUUGAAGCCCCUUUCCUCCUAGAAAGUGAAAAAGAGAUAUGGGAAGAAAAAGAUUAUCCUUUUGAAAAGGAGAUGCAGUCGACGGAGUCAUUUCGAGAAUGUGGGUGGUACAAGGUCUCAGGGGAAACUACAGUGACACACCGGCAGUGUAUAAGUGUAAAGGACAGAACACUGGGCACAGUUACCCAAGACAGAGGUGAAUGGGAGGAUACAGACACUUCUUCCUAUUUCUUUGACUGUCCUGAGGAGGUCAUGUUGCCUAUGGCAACACAACAGUCUUCACAUUCUAUAGGAACAACUGCUGUGACUGCUUUAGGCGCUGAGCAGGAGCUACAGGCUACAGACUCAGAAAGAACAAUUCUCUCCAUUUUGGUGAGCCCAAUGGUCGUGGUAGCCAUCUUUCUCUUCGAUAUUGGACUGGCAUAUUUGUUCUCUACUCUGUUUACCUAAUGAAGAGCAACUUGAGCAACUUUAAGGGAGGCUGCCUGGUUUUUGCAUGAUUUUAGAUGAUUACUUCUGUCUGCUGUUGUCCACGUACAUACACAAACACACAAAUAUUCACGCACUAUUUGAUAUGAGUGUGUGUAUACAAUAUCACAGAGGUGGCCCCUAGGUGUACUAGUACCCAACACAGAUGUAAGCAGCAGUCAGUAGGUUUACUUUGUUUAAUUUUUUAUUUUUUUGCAGAUUAUGAGGGAAAUGAAAAAAAAAAAUGACUGGCCCCUUGUGGACCUCCACAGACUCUCACCCUCCCUCAUUUUCUACUCUGGCUGUUUUUCCUACCUGCCACUGGGGCUUUGUUUUGCUGACAUCCCAUUUUGUAGGUUGACCUUUUUAUAUGGAUGUCACACUGGAAAGAUCAGUUCUGAUAUCUUGCAAUGGCAAUUUAAUGUGAACCCAGUCUUCAGCUGUACCCAUAAUUUAAAAAAAUGUAUAAAAACAGAGCAAGCUUUUGUUCUGAUGACCCUGUUAAGUAUUAGAGGACUCAGCCUUGGGAGUCUUCUGUUCUCUGGUCUCUGUGUAUCAUGCACUGUAACUCUGUGACCCAAUGGAGUGUGUCUCCCUUUUGUAGCCUCAGAGUGUUUGUGCAUUUCAGAUUAAGAACCCAGAACUGUGUCUCGGGCUAUCUCUGCUGCCCUGUAAAAAAGAGAGCCAAGGCUUAUCAUCCAAAUGAAGAUAUAGCUAGCUCCACGUAAACUUCCUUCUGGAGUUCCUAUUAUGCAUAAUGGAGCAUUCUUUGUGCAUUGUGCCAUGUAUCAGGAGAGUGCACCUUUUUCUGCCUUCCUGAAACAUAUGAGGAAGGGAUGGUGUCCCCCCAAAAACUGUCCAUGUCUCACUGGAGAUUUGGGGAUUUUCAUUGAUCUGUAUUAAAUAAUAUCUGGGACAGUCUUUGAGGUUUCCCUCUAUACGAGACUGAGAUCCCCUAUCUGAGUCUGUGACUCUGUGACAAUAUUCUAGAUAUCCUGAGAAUGUGAAUUUUAAGACAUGAUGGACUUUUAAAGAAAAUGAAUGGAUUAGAUAAAGUGAUAGGUGUAGGAAGGUACACACUUUAUUCACCCAAAAGAGAAAUUUGUUUGCACCAGGGAUCUACAGGCAUACAACAUUAUUUCACAGUACAGUAACAUAAUUCAAGAAUAAAAGAUGCUGAAGAUAUGGUAAGAAACAGAGGGGCUUCAGAGAGGAGCCAGCUGCAUUUCAUGGGACAAGUACCAGUAGGAUUUCCUGUGAAUUGUUUAUAACGUUUACAAAUGAAGGGCUUACUAUAUUUCUAGAACAGGUUUUAUUUCCCUUAAUUUAUUAUAUUAUUGAUUUAUUUAUUUUUAAUUUGUGUUUCUCAUUUUUUAUUUGUAAUACAAAAAAUAGAUUGCCACAGCUCUUUUUUGCUCUCCUAACUGUUAUUAGGCAUUCAGAUUCUGUGUUAGAUAAGGAACUGUUUAAGCAUCAUUUCAUUUGCCAUUUUCUCAUGAUAGAUAAACUGGUCAAGGUGUACAUUGUGGACAUUUGCUUCUUCAGGUACAACAUGCAGUAGGCACACUUGCCUCAUCGCCAACCCCUGAUUAAAGCAUACUGGAAGGGAAAAUGUCAUCUCAGGCUGCUGAAGAACAAUAGCAUUUUUAGUAAUGACAACUCUGGUCUAAAUAUGAGUCUUUUCCACAUGCUGAAAAGUGAGUCAUUGGCCUCUUGAUUGCUGUUGUACAGACUCAAUUGACACUUCAGCAGAGUUGAACUGCAAGUCAUCUGCUUUUCCAGAUGUACAUUGCUCUUCUAAAGUCCAUAUUUAACUUAAAACUUUCUCAACAAUACUUUAAAAAAAGACAAAUCUUAAUAUAUCAGCUGACAUAUUUAAUUACCCUCUGGCCAGGCCAGCUCCCUCAGCUGGGUCUGCAAUCCUUCAAGAAUAUUUUAAUAGGCUCAGGGGCCAUUUUAAACCUGGCAUCAUAAAAACGAGGGCUGUUUUAGACUCAGGAGCUGUUUUCAAAGUAGAUAUUUGAGGUUAGGAUUAUUUUUGACCCUUGGAUUAUGAAGCAAGAGCUCAAAAGCUGUUUUAGACUCAGGGGACUAUAGACCAGAAUGUUAAGUCUUAAUACUCACUCCAAUCUGGAAACCCUUCAUUCCAACCUCUCUCAUCAUCAUUUUAGAUUUAUUGUUCUUCCAGAAGCUUCGUUGUGUUGCAUGAUGAUGGUAUUCUAGUCUUAAUUUUGGAAAAUUUGAAUCAUAAAUGGUAUCAUUUUUAACAAAAAGAAAAGUUUAAAGCUGCAUUUAAAUAUUUUCUGAAUGCUUUCUAAGAAACAAACAAACUGAUGUCUAUGAUCUUUGUGUGCCUGCAUGCAGGGUGCAGCAGGAAGCAUGAUGGAACCCAGCUCCACAAGACACCCUCCCCGACCCUUCCCCAUGUACAGCUCAGACAAUUAUUGCAAACUGAAUCCACAGUUUACUGACAUUGUACCAAUAUGGCACUUUGCGAAGCACCAAAAAUCAUAUGCUAUAAACACAGUGGUCUAAAUCACUAAUUUUGUUGUCAUUUUACAAACUUUUUUUUUUUUAUUCAAAUUUUUUUCAUGAUGGAAACACUAGAAGCAUACUGUGCGACAUUGGUGUAUACAGAACUGGUAAAAGAAUAUUGUGUAAAACUAAGAUUUUUUGAGAUAACUAAACACAUUCAGCCAUGGCACAUAAAGAAUCUAUGCAUUAAAAAUAUGUUUAAUAGCAACUAAAAGUAUGAAUAAACAUCUCUGCCUCUCUGUAUUUUCCACAUAUUGCAAACAUUGAACUCCUAAAAUAGUUUAUAAAGUAUAAUAGAGUAUGGACCCUCCAUACAUCCAUAUAUCUGUCCAUUUUCUAAACUGAUUAUCCAGCUCAGGGUCACAGGAAGAUGGUGCCUGAAGUCAGAUUAUGUAAAAAAAAAAAUGGUAGGCUCUUAACGUCCACAGUCUGCUUGUGCUCUGCCUUGAUUGUAAGCAUUUUUGUAACAGUUUCUACAUGUCAGGUGUUUUUCCACAGAUAACAUGAGCUCGGUUUUCUUGUUAGCAGCUACUUGCGUAAGUCAGUUUCUUUAUAGAAAAAUAUAGUAGAUCCAUUAGUAUGUAAAAUUCAGUCUGAAUUCCUCUGCUAUUACCAGCACCAAAUGGAAUGCAUUCUUAAUUCUAAUUUCCCUUUUGUUUCAGAAAAUACAUGAUCAGCUGUUUCACAUUACCUGACUUCUUCAAUAUUAUAACAUUCAUUUUUUUCAUAGAAAAAACAAAUUAAUCAUGGUAAUGUGUAAUUUAGGAAUAGCAAAAUUAUAUUAACUACAUAAUUCUUAAGUGAUAGGAAGAUAGCAAGAUGCUGAAAGUGACUCAUCUGUAUAAGUUGAUGGCACAGUCAUCAGUGUGAUAUGUCACAGAUAAUGCCCAACAAAGGGUCAUCAGCUGUUUUGUUCUAGUAGGGUCCUAGGGCAACCCUGUUCUCCCUUUAUACUCUUAUACUCUUCAUUAUGUACACCUGAACAAAAUGAUUCAAAUCCCAAACUCUUACCACAUUCUCAGGGUUAUAUGCCCUUUUUUAACCACAGGAAAUUAGAUAAGGCAGGAGAGAAAGUUGUAGAUCCAUUUAUGCAUUAUAGAUAAUAUGUCCUAUGAAUGUUGGUAAAAUAAUACAAUGUGAUAAUAGGCUACCAGGUGGCUCUCUGUCUUAUUAUGUUGAUUGGCCUCUGUUCUGAUAUGGUCUGUCAUGUCCUUAGAUGGAAUGUCAGAAACAGGCAGCGUGGCUUGUCUGAUUAUGGCCACUAAGAGAGAUGAGAUGGUUUAGCCCUCUCAGUGAAUGGAAAGUGGCACAGAAAGUGAGAGACACUAGGCUUCUGCAUUACCCUUAAUUUAAAGAAAUCCUGUAUCUUCUUGACACACGUCCUGAAUUAGUAGGUGUGUAAUUCCCAAUGACUCAGCCUAGUCAGGCUCAGGCCCCAUUCCAACUGAGGCCUGUCUAUGCCCUUUCAUGUCAGACACCUGUAUUCCCCCAGGCUAGCUGGCUAGUUUUUUACAAUCAGAUUGAUGCAAAGCCUUCAAAACCCAAGUCUGACAUUUAACAAAGGUUCUUAUCUGAACUAGCAGGGUCAUACAUGUGCCACAGCAACAACUGGCUUAUCAACUUCCCGUGCAUUUUAAAUUUGGAUAUUGUUAGACAUUCAUUUCACAUUUUAAAAUUAAAAUAAAAAGUAUAGCUCAUACAUGUUUGAUCAAGGCAAUCUACAAAAAUAUUUAUUAUACUAGAUAUCACCAUUUUUUCUCUCCAUUACACGACUCAGCUAUUAUUAAAAUUGUGAGUUGUUUCAUAGUGUUUUACAAAAAAGUUUGUAUGAUACACAAACGCACAAUUCUUUUGACUUAUCAAUGCUCAUUACUGCCUGCUACAGACUAGUAGAUCAGAAUAUAUAUUUGUGUAUUUUAAAACAGUCAAUGCUUACUGUGUAAUGCACUGUGCGAUGUUAAGAGUACAUUUUUAGAGUUAUAAUCUAUAUAUGAGACUGUUAUAUCAUGACUUGAAAAAUGUCAGCUUCAAGUUCUGACAGAUUUGUAUGUCAUGCCAAAGGUAUCCCCAUACCAUGACUGAUGUCCAUCUGUGUGUGUGGAGGACAGCGAACGGGUAGAAAAGAGGCCCCCAUCUGCUCAUAUUAAACUACUUCAUGACAGCAUUGUCUUUAUUGAUGUGGGAAAGCACAGUCCUACAUUAAAGUGGUGGCUGCAUGCUUUAAUUUAACCCAGUGUAACAAUUGGCAGCUAUUUUGGCCAAAUUCAAAUUUAUGAUCACACAGAGUACAGCGAAAUUUUCACAUGCAUAUUUGACCAACAUGCAACACUUUGCCACUGUUGUGAUAAAACCUAUUGCCUAACAAAUUGUUUGCCUUCUCCUGCUUGCAAAACAAUUCAGUUACAUGGAUUUUAGCUUCAUCCAAAAUACCUACCGAGACCUGUACUGUUUUUGAAAUCAUAGGACGGAAUCAAUUCUGAGUUUGCUAAAAGGAAUGUUAUUGGGGUGAGCAGACACCAAUGGGAAUCACUAAAUCAUACUCAGAUUUUUCAUACUAAUGUCUGGUCAUCCCAAAUGACAUUCCAUUUUAUAAAUAAAUAAUCUGUCUAAAUAAAUAAUUUUACACAGAAGUCGUCUAACUCAAAGUAAAGAGGCAACAGUGAAAGCAAAAAAUUUAUCAGUAAGAUAAAUCUGUGCUUACAUUUUACUAGAAGAACAACACACAAAGUGAAAAUCACACAAAUCGAGACAUUCUUGUUCAAAAACAUGUAAUUAAUUUAUGUUUUUUUUUUUAAUCAUCAGAUUGACUGGAAUUGAAUGAAAACUUUCAGCCAUUGUGGGUGUGCAGAAUGAUUUAUGAACAUUUCUUAUCUUUAUCUGUUUGACAAGGAUUUGAAGACAGUGAAUGCAUUAGCAGUUGGGAGUAUGUAUACCUUAUUAAACAUUGGAUAACAAUGCAUUUAAUAGAACCGAAUAGACACCUCUACACAAUAAUCACCUUUUUUCACCCCCUCAUACUUACAUAGUUUGUAAUGUUUGAGAAAUGUACAGGAUUAAAUCUCUUGUAGAUUUGUACAUAAAUAAUGUCUUUGCAUCCUGCAAACAAUUAUACUCCAAAUUUAGCUUCCCAUAAACACAAUUUUUCCACUAUUUCCAAAUUAGAAACUUUGCCAAACAAAAUCUGCCCAAUUUUCCUCACCUCCCACCUACUUCUAUUUUGGAAGAAAUAUUUAUCAGUCUUGAGGACUCAGACAGCAUUUCUAUAAUAUAUAAGAACAUUUUAAAGUCCCUUCCUUUCAAAGAUCCCAGAGUACAGUGGGAAAAGAUCUCUUAUUUAACAUUUCAGAAAAGGAGUGAAAGGCAGCCAUGCACAGAAUUCACUCAAGCUCCAUAUGCACAAAGCAUGCAAUUAUUCAAAUUAAAAUCUUUUAUUGAGCACAUCUAUCUCAUUUAAAAUUGUCCAAAAUGUUUCCAGGGCAAGAUCCAACCUGAGAACGUUGCAAUCAAGUUCCAGCCUCACUGGGUCAUGUUUUGGACGUGUACCAAAUUAACAUCAUUGUGGACCAAAAUCUUUAAAUGCCUUUCAGACAGCCUUGGCGUCACAAUCCCUCCUAAUCCACUAACAGCUCUGUUUAGUGUACUCCCAGAUGGAAUUAAAGUGGAGAAGGACAAACAAACUGUAAUUGCCUUUACUUCACUAUUGAAGUAGACUUAUCUUGCUCUGGAAGAAUGCCACCCUACCUGUUAUAAGUCAGUGGGUAACUGAUGAUCUAUACUAUUUAAAAGUGGAAAAAAAAUCAAAUUCUCACUUAGAGAAAAAGAAAACUUUUUUAAAACCUGGCAGGAUCUAAUCAAUAACAUUUUAGAUUAAGCAUUUAAAUUGAGGAGAAGGAUUCUCUUCCCUCUUUUCUGCUCUUAAAGUUUUACUCUGGCUGUUGGCCUUCCUCUCUUUCUCUUGGGUGGGGGUUGAAUUGAAUUUAGUUUUGUUAAGUUUCACUUGAUUGUUUGGAAUGUUACUUGUUUUUAAUAAAUUCAAUAAAAUGGAAAAAUAUAGAACUGAAUGAAGGAGGAAGUGAAAAAGCAUAACACACACAGUGAGUAACAAACUCACUGUCUCCUCCUAACAUGGUCUUUUAUAAUCAAAACCAGAAUGAAUCCUAUUGAUAAGACGAUGUGUCCAAAGCACCUCAAAGACAUUAUGCUUCACUGAUCUUGAUAAGAAAAUACUCUUUGAUUUUCAUUAGAAAAUAAAUAAGAAGCUGGAUGAAUUUGCAAAUGAUACCAAACUAGGUGGAAUGGCAGAUAAUCAGCUGAAUCAUUAGAGAUGGACCAGAGCAGAAUUCAGCACUGGACAUGUUUGGGCCAGACGGGAUAAAAUAUACUGGAUGUAUUACUCGUAGAAAAAUGUUAGGUUUGAAUUUACAAUGGGGGCUUUGAUUUGAAGAUACACCUUAAGAGUAGGACCUAAGAGUUGUAGUGAACUCAUCACUUUUUACACCCAUAUGUUGUAAUGAUGUGAUUAAGAAGGUUAAAAUAAUGUUGGGUUAUAUAGUGCGUACUAAUGUGUAGAAUACAAGUUAACAGAGGGGGUACUUAAGCUACAUUAGGCACUAGUGAGGCCUUACAUGGAGUGCUGUGUGUUGUUUAGGUCUAGAUAUUACAAAACAGACAAAGCAACACUAGAGAAAGUUCCAGAAAGAUCAACCAGGCUGAUUCCAGGACCUAGAAGUGUGAGCUUUGAGGAGAGAUUGAAGGAGCUGAAUGUUGUGAGACAGUGUCUCUGGGAUUAUUGUGAGUAAGAGAUUUGACCAGCAGAUAAUAUAUGAGAAAAGAAUCUGAGUUAAAAGGCAGGUCAGAUCAAAAAUGGAAAGAUUGAAAGGUAUUCAGGCAGGCAAAACUAUUGGACAAAAACAGGAGACUGACUCGACAGAAGGAGUUCAGAAUCAUAAUGCAACUCAAGGACUUACCUUACUUGAAAAAGAAACUGCACCAACUUUCUUCACUGUCAUAAAUACAACAAUCACAGUCACGUGGCAUGUCUCACAUGCCACAUAAACAAAAGAACGGUCUGAACUGAAAUGAAAAUUACAUUGUGUCAAAACAGACUAAAAUGAUUAGAAACCUCUAAAUAAUAAUAAUAAUUAAAAGAACCUCUAAAAAACAAAACCCACAGGUAACAAUAUUUUAUUACUACAUUGAUGUUUUUUAUUGUAAGCAAACAGAGAUAAAGAAAUGACAUGAUUGAACUGUUUAAAAUUAUGAAAGGAAUUAGUACAGUGAAUCGAGACUUUAGAGUGAGCCCUUCAACUGUAACAUGCAGACAUAGCUGGAUAUUUUCUACAGGUUAAUUUCAGACCAAAGUUAUUAGGAAGUGUUAGACAUAAGAGCAGUUAGAGAAUCUACUACAUCUCUUAGCAAACAUAUGAAAUACAGCACGGCUGAAUUGCCUUGGCCUGUGCUCUGUGUUUCUGCCUAAAAGUCUGCUCCCCUUUUCAUUCAGUGAGCUCACUUUGUUCGUUUCAUUGAGUUCUGUUUUGAGCUUCACAAACCCAUAUUGCUAUUAACCUUAUUCAGUUUAAAUACAACAUGUAUGUUAUUCUUGAUAUUCCGAAUUAUCCAAGGAGUCAUUUUCAAUUAAUUUGCCAAGUACACUGAGUAAAUAGCCUUAGCUAUUGGCUAAUCACUCCAGCUUGAUGCACGGAUGGUGUCCUGUCAUUUCUUAUCUUCUUAAUUCUGACGCAGUGGAUUUCAGACAGCCAUUUAAGUUUGAACACACUGGUGUAAAGCCGUGUGCCAUUCGUAGUUAUGCUCACUGUCUCAAAAAGAAAAUGGCUGACCAGUAGAUAUCUAGUUGGGCUCCAAAGAUCAGCAUUAACAUUUAAAUGUCCAUUAUUUAAAGAUAAAAAAAUAUCUGGUAAAAUAAAACUAAAAAACAAGGAAGAAUACACCUGUGACUCGAUAUUUGCUUAAAAAGCUUUUAAACAAAUUUCAGCCCCAAGUAUUUUUGGUUAAUCUUCUCCCAGUUUUUCUAAUCUAGACUCUGUGGUCAUUGUACAUUUGUCUUUCAUAAAGUGGUCCACUUUCGUGUCACUUGACUGGACACAUUCUAAGUCAGGCUGAGGUCCUGUUUUUCAGUGGAUAGGCCACCCUAGAGCACUGAUUUCUUUCUUUCUGAGCCUCUCCAUUACGGCUUUGGCUUAUGUUUUCAUUCAUGGCUCUGCAAAAUAUGAAUCUUCUCAAGAGUUCUUGGCAAGAGUUUCAUUGGGAUUUCUCUCUAAUUUCUUUCAUCUGUUUUGUAUCCAAUUAGUUCUUCACAUCCAGUAACUUCUUCUGCCAUGCUUCACAGUAGAGAUAGCAGAUGUGAGAUGCCACGCUCAUACUAAAUGUAUAAUUCAUGUCCAAUACAGCAUGCUUCUGAAAAAUUGAUUUUGUGUGAGGUUUUUUCAACAGUGCCGGUCAUUUUUCUACAUUUUUGUGAUGAUGAGAUUCCACGGUGCCUCUAAUCUCAGCUUGGAAAGACGGUCAUUUCUUUAGAGUUAAACAGAACAAAUAUGCUUAAUAGACAGUCCAGGGCCAUCUUAACGCAUGGGCACACUGGGCAGUUGCCCCAUGCCAAUCUGUGUAUGUUAUGACUUGCUGAGUGAUUGUGUAGGUAGGGGUCCCAGUGCACUGCUUUGCCCAGGGGCCUAUAAUGCUGUGAAGACGGCCCUGAGGCAGGCAGCUCCAAGGAAAUCUAACCAGAAGCAAGGUCUAAUUCAGCAGAAGCAGGCAAUAAUCUUCUCAAAUACAAAUAAAUAAUACAUCUUACUGAAAUUAUAGCCAUCAACACUAGUCAACUGAUCUUCUCAAAGGUUCAUGUAGUUCUUUUAAAUUCUAAGAUGUCCUUCUUAUGUCUUGAGUAUUGUAUCUGAAGCCAUUCGUUUUUCACACAUUUCUCUACUGAGGCAAAAUGUAAUUGGAGUGACUUGAUUUAUCAGUUAUAUAUGGUACAUAACAUACAUGAGAAUAUCACCUGUUGUCUUUACAGUUGUCUGCACCUUUUCUUUGGCUCAGUCCCGAGGAUGAUAUUUAUUUUAUUUAACACAAUAGUGGUGUUUGUUCUGUCUCUUUCACACUGAGGUGUCAUUACUUAAUACCUUCCUCCUUUUUGGUCGGUAUUAUGUCUAUAUUUGAUAAUGCGUUUCUGCUUUAAUAACUGAAACGUUGCGGCUUUGCAUACAUAUGCUGUGAGCUUAGACAUAUGCCUGCCUAAUUCCUGUAUGUGUGCGGUUAUCAUACAGUGCAGUGUUUGCAGUUUUAAUGUGACGUCUUGAUCAGUAGACACGUCCCAGCCUGAGAUCCGUACAAAGAAUAUUAGAACAAUCUAGACAAGAACAGGAAAUUCGGUCCUACAAAGCUCGCCAGUCCUAUCUUCUUAUUUCUUCCAAAAAAACAUCACUUCAAGUUUUGUAAGUCUCUAAAAUCUUACUGUCAACCACAGUACUUGGUGGCUUAUUCCAAGUGUCUAUGGUUCUCUAUGUAAAGAAAAUCUUCCUAAUGUUUGUGUGAAAUUUACCCUUAACAAGUUUCCAACUGUGUCCACAUGUUUUUGAUGAACUCAUUUUAAAGUAACAGUCUCGAUCUACUAUACUAUUUCCCUUCAUAAUUUUAAACACUUCAGUCAUGUUACCUCUUAAUCUUCUUUUGCUUAAACUAUAAAGGCUCAGCUCUUUUAAUCUUUCCUCAUAAUUCAUCCCCUGUAGCCCUGGAAUCAGCCUAGUUGCUCUUCUCUGGACCUUUUCUAGCGCUGCUAUGGCCCUUUUGUAGCCUGGAGACCAAAACUGCACACAGUACUCCAGAUGAGGCCUUACCAGUGUGUUGUAAAGUUUGAGCAGAACCUCCUUGGACUAGAGUGGUGGAGAAAGUCUGGAGACGCGCUUGUGUUGGGCAGGCCCUCGCUGGGCCAUGGACUCCACUGCUUGAUCCCAGUGUAUCAUUGUGACAUUUGGGUGAGGUGAUAACACAGGGUCUGAAUGAAGUCGACUCAGAAGAUUAUGUUUACGUGUUUUGUUUUGCAGUCUGUGGAGAUGUUUCAAGUGUUUAAGGGUGUUCUGAUUUACCAUUUUGGUGCCAAUUGGUGUUUUGUGUUUAGAACAGCUUUUUCCUAGAUACAAGACCUCCUGCUUAGUCAUUGUCAUAUAGAUUAUAUACUGUAUUUGGUAAUGCUCUUUGUAGUUAUUGCUGAUUGCUGAGUUUAAAAUUUACAAGAAAACUGACAUAUAAACACCCAAAUCAGCAGAGCCCUGACUUCUUAGUAGGUUUUGUUGUGAUAUUAGUUGAGCUUUAUGUUUUAUUGCAUUUUCAGAAUAUUACUUGGAAACUGCUUAUAGUUUAUUUACCCAAUAUUUAACAUCCUAUAUGGUAUUUAUUUGUUGUAGACACAAUAUUAUCUGUCUGUCUCUGCAGCUUAGAAUUCCUUGACAGCCGCUAUGAGCCCUGGGAUUUGAAUGUACUGAACCAUUCCUUAGAUGCUUCAUGAUGUUGGUAGCUUCAAUA